CAACGUGACUCCAUAGCUUGAGCAGCAUGCUGAAGGCUCGACAGACAGGACAGCUGUGGAAGAAAUGGGACGAAAAGGCGCAGAAGACUGGCAUGCAUAAAACGGUUUUUUUCGUAAACGGCGACGAAUACACAGGCGAUUGGAAAGACAACAAACGGAGCGGCAAGGGAACGCAGAGAUGGAAGAAGACGCGUUUGAUAUACGACGGCGACUGGAGAAACGAUCUACGUCACGGCUACGGCACAAUGGCUCAACCGCAAGUCGGAUCACACACGUUCAGAAAACUGUACGCAGGAGGAUGGAAGAACGACAAACGACACGGCUACGGAACGAACUACUUCAGUGAAGAAGAAUAUUACGAAGGAGAAUGGUAUGAAGACAAAAGGAGUGGGUGGGGUCGGAUGUAUUACAGGGACAAGUCAGUGUAUGAGGGAGAAUGGUAUGGCGACAAGAGGAAUGGACAGGGCAUGCUACGACUAGCAUCGGAUGAUCGAUACGAGGGCUCGUGGAAGGACGAUAAGAAACACGGCAGUGGAAAGUUUUUCUACUUGGACAAGGGGCAGCUGCUUCGGGGCACGUGGAUAGAGGACGUUCCCAAGUGUGGAAUGAUGGAGGAUUUUGGACGCGAAGGGGCACCACAUAUGACAAAAUAUCCCAUUCCCGAGUGCAAGUUGGCUAAUCCACGGCACGUCAUUGACGAUGCAGUAGAACAUGCGACAAAUCAGGACUCGUGAUGAAAUAGAAAUAUAACGAAGGACAAUGGUGUAAAUAGUAGGAUGUACUGUAUUGCUCUGUUUGUUGUCUCAUUUCUAACUUAAACGCUCAAUAUUUGUACAGGAGGAAACAGCACACAUAAAGACCUCUACAAUCUGGUUUCCUCUGACAGUUUCUCUUCAGUCACUCAGCUGAUCCCUCACCCCUAUGAACUAUAAUAACAGUGGAUGCACACAGCAAUACUGUAUUUCUCUGAAUAAUUCUCUUCAAGGUACCUGUCAUUAGGGGAUUUAAUCGUGAGGGGAAUUCCUUGAGAGGGGAUUAUUUGGGCAAGGGAAUUAUUGUUUUGUAUUGCAUUUUCAUUACACAUUCUAGCAGUAAAGAUGUUUGUGUUCUAUAAGACUUCUGAGUCACUACAAAGGUAGAAUGUUGCAACGGUGCAAACACAUCCUAACACCAGCAAUGUGUUUGUCACGUUUG